AGUGCUUCAGCAAUUCAGAGCCUCCACACCACGCUAAGAUCACUUUCCUGUAGCAACGCAAGUAUCAGAAGGAUGGACGCUUGCAAGGAAUGCCCGUACCCCGGAUGCCUCUUCUGCCUGAUGAAAGAGAAUGUAGCUCCCUCCAAGCGUCGCUCCAGUAUCGCACAGCUUUUCAAGCAGCUUCCCGAGCGAGACGAGCCCGGACAGGUGAUGGCGAUAAGUGGUCUCUGGAACGCAGCACUGCUCCGGCCGACCGAUGGCGAGUUCAUCGAGCUCGGAAUUUUCGAGUGCAUGGCGGCUCUCAUUUUCAAAGGUAUCCGGGACCGAAAAUGGCUGGCCAGCGACCAAAACAUAUUCAUCCCGUAUUAUGCCGCUCACAUUAUCGGCUCUUAUACCAUGAUUGUCGAGGAAUUCGCCAUCAGAGCUGUGCAAGCCAAAGUUAUUCCAGCUUUACUCGAGUUGCUCAAAGGAAAACUUACCUGGGUGGAACAGAGAGUUGCCUUGCGAGCGCUCGGCCAUCUAGCAACAUACGAGAGUACCUUCAGUUACAUCCUCGACUGCAGAGAAAUCUUGGACGUAGCGAUGAAACUGGCAGCCGAUGCUCUGGACAUAGUCUACACACAAUUCUACCGCUUUGUCGACCGGAGGCUCGAGUAUCACCAGGACCUGCUCACCCGAGGACUCGGAGGCGUAGAGAUGGAGUCGCGUAAAGCCGAGGAAUGGGCGAGUCAGCUCCAGUGCUGGUCACUUCAGCUGAUCAACUGCUUUGCUUUCCGGGAAGAGUACCUGGCCGUCGUCUGUGGCAACAAAGAGUUCCUCUGCAAGCUUCUCGGUAUGUGGGGAGGCCUGGUGAACGAGAGCUCUCCAGCUGGAAUCGGCCUCCUCCGGAGCAUCUGCCGUGAAAGCUCUGGCCGAGUCGCUGUAGCUGACUGUCCUGGAGUUGUAAACGGACUUUGCAAUGUGGCACGCUCGUCGGACGACUGGCAGUACAUGGCUGUCGACUGCCUUGUCUGGCUGGUUCAAGACGUUGCUUCCAGACACAAGGUGCUUGACCAGGCAGCAUGCGCGUUAGUGGACCUGACGGAGCUCUCGACAAUGUCGGGAGACCAGAAAAAGCUCGGGGACUUGAUUGCAACCACCCUGCUACGAAAUCCUGCAGAACAGUCACAAGCUUUAGAAACAAGGCUGGCACUCAACGAAGUUGCAGCGGCUCAGCAGAGAAUGAAACUCGAGAGAGACGAAGACAAAGACGACUUAAGGAUACGAAAGGCUGCUGCGAUGCUGUUGCGGCUCGAAGGCAACGCCAGAUUUGCAUCGGGAGAUAUACAUGGUGCUGCGUGCAAGUAUACCGAGGCGCUGGAACUCUGUCCCCUGAAAGCCAAGAAACAGAGAGCUUCCAUCUACAGCAACCGUGCACAAUGUCAUCUCCUGUCUCAAAACAAUCAAGCUGCUAUAAGCGACUCUACCCGAGCUUUAUGCCUCCAAAAAACGCACAGAGACAGUUUGUGGAGACGAGCUCAGGCAUACGAGAUGGAAGGACUUCCGAAAGAGAGCCUGCUGGACGGCAUCAUGUACAUGAUUGAGUGCUCGCAAAAAAAGAACAGGAAAAGCAACGUACCGGACUACAUCGAGGCUCUCAUAAAGAAACAAAUGCGCGCGACUUGGCUCUUCAAAGAGGCAUCCCAAAAGUGGGGAGCAAUCGAGUAUCGGUAUCGAAACUGGAAUGACAACCAAAGCUCUAGUCAUGACGAGUCAGAAUGGGAAACAGCUAGCGACGAUUCAUAACUUGCCCGUCUAGACGAAGAGAGAAGGACUUCUUCUCUCCAAA